AUGGGGAACAUUGAGAAUCGCCAAGUGCCGGCAACGUUCUCCCAGCACUUUGUAGAUGUUGGACUUUCCAAUCCGCUUUGGAACUCCAUGGAAGUGGAGGGGCAGGGAAGACGGAAGAAAGGAAAGGUGUGUCCACCCAAAACGUUCCCCAUCUGCCAGCGACUGGACGGUGGUGAAGACGGCUGCCUGUUUUGCCUUGGUCACGCUUCCAGCUUCAUCCGUCUUCGGACGUCGAUAUUAUCCUCCGUCAGCUUCAAGCAUCCCCCUCGGUUGUCCGUCGUUGACAUGGGAGGUAAGCGGGAGGGAGCCCAGCUGAACGUCUGCUUGUCAAUACCUCCCAGGAACAAAGACAAUACAAACUUAGAGGAACGUGUGGAAGAGUCUGAUUUCCUCAGCCGCAGAAGCAUGUUUUGGGUGCUUAUCUCACUCGACCUCUCCCAUCCCUGUCGUUUCUGUGCCUCGCGGAUAACCUCCCUCUUCUGGUCCUUUGCGCGCUUGCUGAAGCGAGAGACGAGCAUGAGCAGGUCAUGUAUUGGAUUCCACGGCUCCGAUUCACGGCUGCAGCUGCGGCCGAAGCCCCAAGGAUGA